AUGGCGCUGAAGAAGAUCCAGCUCAAGCGGAAGCAGCGGCGCACGUCCAUCGCGACGGGCGCGCCCAUGCCGCCGGCCCUGCCCCGGCGCCUGGGGUCCGUGCGCGGCGCGGACAUGGCGGGCCUCACGAAGGAGCUGCCGCGGCGCUUCACGGUGGGCAGCCGGGCCCAGAGCGAGCUGCGCAUGGCCGGCGACGGGAGCGGCUACUACGACGACGACAAGAAGGACGCGGCGAAGCCCGAACGGCCGCCGCCGCGCCUCACGAGCCGCGAGUCCUUCCGCCGCUUCGCCGGGCCGCCCAAGGCCAGCGACGCGCCGGCGCCGGCGCCGGGGAAGCCCGCCGCGCCGGCGACGCCCGCCGCGCCGGAGACGCCCGCGCCGCCGUCGCCCGCGCGGCGCGGCGCCGCGCGGGAGAUCCCGGCGGCGACGGACCUCGAGCGGCGGCUCGCGGACCGCGCGCGCGUCCUCGAGGCGGCGCUCCGGUCGCCGGAGGCCCUCGACGUCGACGCCCUGGGCCUGGCGCCGCUCGUCGACGUCGCCGGCGCGGCGCUCCGGACCGCCGCGGCGGCGCCGGCGUCGGCGCCCCCGGGCUUCCUCCUCGUCGACGCCGCGCUGGUCCGCGCGCCACCGGCCGGCGCCCUCGAGGCCGCGCGGGACGCGGCCGCGGCGGCCCUCGCGCGCCGCGCCGUCUUCGGCGCCCUCGUCGCGACCCAGGCCCGCGAGGACGACGCGCCGCGCGCGCCCGCGCGCGAGCCCGAGCCCGAGGCCGACGACGGCGACGGCGCGGUCGCGCUCCGCGACGGCCUCCUCGCCGAGGUCGUCGGCGACCUCGCGCCGGGCGCCUGCGCCGGGGCGCUCCUCGAGUCCCUCGCCGCGGCGUCGAAGCUCGCGGAGCGGCGCACGCUGGAAGCGGCGCUCGAGGCGGCGAACGCGAAGACGAACGCGGAGAUCGCCCUCGAGGUGUCGCAGGGCCACGAGACCAAGGAGCUGCGCCUCGAGGAGGAGCUCAAGCGGGCCCUCCACGAGCUCCGGGAGGAGCGCAAGGCCGCCGCGGGCCUCCGGGAGGCGACGGACGAGGCGGCGGCGGCGCGCGACGCGGCGGUCGCCGAGGCCGCGCGGCUCGCGGGCGACCGCGGGGCCGUCGAGGCGCGCGCGCGGGGCGCGUCGAGCGGCCACGGCGCCGCCGACGCGGCCCUGGCGGCCGCCGCCGCGGACCGCGACCGCGCGGUCGCCGCGGCGGCGGGCCUCGAGAGAGAGGUCGCGGACCUGAAACGCGCCGCGGCGGCCGCGGCGGCCGCGCGCGGCGACGAGGCCGCGCGGGCCGACGCGGCGGGCGCGAGGCAGCGGGACGCGGAGCAGCUCGCGCGCCACGCGGAGCGCGACCUCGCGGACACGGCCGCGGCGCUCGAGGCGACGACGGGCUCCCUGGAGCGCGCGAACCGCGAGCUCGAGGCGAGCCGCGCCACCGUCGACGACGCCGUCGAGGCCGCGCGCCGCGAGUCCGUCGACGUCGGCUGGGACGGGUUCGCCCGGAGCCAGGCGUGGACGAAGUCGUAG